AUGGCGUCAUUAGGUGUGGGUGCAGAGGAAAUGAUGUUAUGCGGCUGAUUAGUUCUUCCUCUGGGAGACAUGAUUGUGACCAUCACACUGAUGGGACCAUUGAGCGAUGAGCUGCGAUGACAGAUGGGAGCGCUGGGAUGGGGCAGAGGUGGUCGAAAUGGCAGCGGGAGGUGUGUAGGAGGAGGUAGGAUUAAGGUUCAGAGUGGCGGAUGUUUUUUAUACGACUACAAGGGCGUCUUUCCAGAUACCUGAUGAAAUAAGUCCAUGUGUAGCAGGAUGGGCACAUUUGUGACCCUGACGGAGGUGUUGGAGGCGCGGGGUUCCCCCCUGGAAGAGGAGGAGGUCUGGUGUCUGCUGCUGGCCACCACUGAUGCCUUACUGGAAAUCUCUAAAAAAGGUCCAGGUAACAUGUGCAGUGUGUUGAGCCCUGGUGCGGUGCUACUGUCGGCCAAUGGGAGCCUGGCCUUCAAGAGCUGCUCCCGAAGUGAGGACGUGAUCUCGUUUACAGCCCCAGAGGUCCAGCAUGGCCACGCCCCUUCCACCAGGACCGCAGCUGAAAAGGUGGUCGUGUACUCACUGGGAAUGACUCUAUACUGGUGUGCUGAUUAUCGCCUACCUCAAAAUCAGCUCGUCCAGAUCAGCGCAGAGCUGGAGGGUUUGCUGCUGAGCAUGUGUGAGGACAUGGCGGUGAGGAGGAGCGACCUGCUGACGGUGCUGGAGACCUGUGAGUUUCAUCAUAAGACGUCUGCGCUGCCGUCCCCAGAGCGCCUCAUCAGGCAGCUGGUAGAGGACGUCUACAGAAACUCUGCCGACCACGUGUCCAUGGCUGAAAACGGAUCCCAGCUGACAGACCGCAGUCAGAUGGUCAGGGACAGAUUACACAGAGGUUCUUUCAGUAACUCAACAUGGACUCUAAAAAAGAAGAUCCACAGAACUUUUUCAGGAACAUCUUAUCCAGCUGAUUGUACAGGGAUUUCCUCAGGUGGUCGACUCAGAGAAAGUUAUUCCAGCUGGCAGCAUCUGAACCGUACGCCCUGCAGUCCGUACCUGGAUGGCAAUCGAACCAGCAGCGCCAGAUCUCUCUCCCAGUUUGAGUCCACGAUCAGUUUAAAUGACAAGAAGGUGAAGGACACAGGUCCUGAGUUUAUCCGAGGUUUAGAGGAACCCCUGGUCGUCUUGGAGCUGCCUGGAUCCAUCCUGACGAGGAAAGGGAAAUCUCCAGCCACCAACAGAGAGCUCAGUGUGGUGAUGCCAAACGGCCAAAGCAUCCUGGUGAAAUGUGAAGUUAAAACCAGAGCAGGAGACGUCUUUGACAUGAUCGUGGCUCAUUCUAACCUUGUUGAGCAUUUCUACUUCGGCCUUGCGUAUAUUGACGAUAAUGAGUUUUUCUUCGUUGAUAAUGACACCAAGAUUUCUAAAGUGGCUCCAGAUAGCUGGAAGAAAGUGCCUACCACGACUUUUGUCCUUUUCUUCAGGAUCAAAUUCUUUGUGAACAACAUCUCUCUUCUCUUGCACAAACAGACCCGUCACCAGUAUUACCUGCAGCUCAGGAGGGACCUCUUAGAAGACCGACUGUCCUGCCAUGAGGAGACCGCUCUGUACCUGGGAGGUCUGGCCCUGCAGACAGAGUAUGGAGACUUCAUGCCUGAGGUGUUCGGUAGAAACUACUACCGACCGGAUCAGUAUGUCUCCAAAAGCGUGAUGGAGAAACGUGCCUUGCCGUACAUUCAGGCCGAGCUGCUCAAGCUUCAUGCCACCAACGCCCAGAUGACCGCAGAUGAAUCUGAGGUUGAGUUUCUAAAGGUUUGUCAGCAGCUGCCUGAAUACGGAGUCUUCUUCCACCGCGUGAUACGGGAGAAGAAGCCGGACGGGGAGAUCGUUCUUGGGGUUUGUGCCAAAGGUGUCAUGGUUUAUGAGGUUAAAGAUGGCUGCAGGUCCACCGCUCAGAGUUUCUACUGGAGGGAGACUGCUACCAUCUCCUCUAACAAAAGGAAAUUUAUAAUAGAGUGCCGCGGCAGCCGGAAGAAAUACACCUUCAUCACGGAGAGGUCUAGGAUAGGCAAAUACUUGUGCAACCUCUGCUCAGCGCAGCACAAGUUUAACAAUGAGAUGAGCUCCCGCACGCUCAGCCACAGCCUGGUCUCAGAGGACAACAUGGUGCAUUAUGCAGCCGUAGGCCGUGCUCAGAGCAGCCAUUUCUCCUGUUCUGAGACGCCGCAGGAUGACAGCGGCCUGACCACGCCACAGGAGGAGUCUGUCACCAAACUGUGCAAUGACGUCGCUGCCAGAAUAGAGGCCCGUGUGAAGCAGCAAAGCAGCCCCUGCUCAAGCAGUCAGCGCAGCAGCACUGGUUUACAUUCUCCAUCCUGUUCUCAGAGGAGCGGAUCAGAAGCCCACUCUGGAUCUCCUGCAGCCCAAGAAAUGCUGCCCAAACUGGGGACGUCUUCAGAAAGGGAAGUCAUAUGUGUUUCGUUAAAGAAGGACCCAAAACUAGGCUUGGGUAUAGUGAUUGUUGGAGAGGACACAGUAGGCCGCUAUGAUUUGGGCAUUUUUAUUGCCUCCAUUGUGGCUGGAGGACCAGCGGAUAAAGAUGGACGCAUCAGACCAGGUGGGCGACUGAUAUCCCUGAACCACAUCAGCCUGGAGGGCGUCACUUUCAGCGAGGCAGCAGAGGUCAUGGAGUGCAGCCCUGAGGAGGUGCAGCUUAUUGUGUCUCAGCCAAAAGUCCCAUUAAGCCCCAUCAGUCUUCGCUCUCCUGUGUUGAGAAAAUCCGGGUCUCAGAGUACGCUGAUGACAGACGGACGUUCGGGGGAUGACAGCCUAGAUGAGCUUGUCUCUGUCAUGAUGACGCCAAAAGCCUCCAACAGGUUGCUCGUCCCACGAGACGUACGAGCGCUCAGCUCACAGGAUGGCUGCCCUCUGUCUCCGUCUAUGAACUCCGUGAGGCCAGAGGAAAUCGCCGUGGAGCUCAGGAAGAUAUCAGGAAGUCUGGGCAUCAGCAUCUCUGGUGGAGUAAACACGAACGUUCAAGCUGGUGGAAUCUACAUAAAGAGCCUCGUUCCAGGAGGGGCAGCAGAGAGGGACGGAUGUCUACACAAAGGUGAUCGAAUUUUGGAAGUUGACGGGAUCAAUUUUCAUGGCUUCAGCUACCAGCAGGCUGUGGAAAGUCUGGGUAAAACUGGGGAGGUGGUUUACUUUGUUGUGGAGCGGGAGUCAGUCAACCUGCCCAAAGUGUCCGUGGUUCCGGACGCCGACCGCCCGCUGUCCAGUCAGAAAGUCAGUCAGACCAGGAGCCACCUGAGACUCAACAGCUCCUCGUCCGUCGGCUCCCCAGCAAGAACCAGGCCUGACAGCUCCAGGGACUACAGCUUCGUCACUGAUGAAAACGUCAUUGAGGUGACUCUGACCAAGGAUGCGGACGGACUGGGAUUUAGUUUCCUAAUGUGUGAGCUGGACCCCCCCACCAAGGACUUCAGCAGCUUGGUCCGGAUAAAGCAGCUCUUCCCUGGCCAGCCUGCAGAGCAAUGUGGCCGAAUCCAGGAGGGAGAUGUCCUGUUAGCUAUCAACGGCCACUCACUAAAGGAGCGGACCUAUCCAAAGGUGCUGAAGCUGUUCAAGACUUCUCCGCCUGAAGUGAGGCUGACUCUCUGUCGGCCGCCGCCAGGAAUUCUCCCAUCCUUGGAUCAUUUCAGCAUCACCUGAGCGUCGCUUAGGAAGCAUUUAUGAAGCAACGUUCUCAUAAAACAGGAGGUGAUGAUGGAUGCUGACGGCCUGGAGAAGCUGCAACGAGUUCAGGUGGUUUGGUGCA